AUGUCGGCUACCGCUACCCAGCAAAUGGCAACUCAGCUACAAGUAAAGGGAAACCAAAGAUCCCAACUUGAAGCGCUAAUAAGGGACUUUCAAAACAAGCUAGGCAAUGACUGGGAAAAGUACCAUGAGUCGCUUACCCUAUUUCUUGUUGGAAAGCUUUCCAGAGGUGAAUUGGUGCAGAUUAUCUCGCCUAUGCUUAAGAAUGGCCUUAUGAAAUGGCAUAACAAGUUCUUAUUGCUCAAUUUCGCUAAUUCUCUUCAGGAUAGUCCGGUGGAAUUCUCCUCGGAGCUAGCGUCGUUCUGGAACAAGAAAAACCUGAAAGCAAAGAACGUCAGACUGACUCAGUAUGAGAAGUUCAAGCGUAAUAUCAUGGGCUUGCCUUUGAAAGAAAGGCGAAGAAUCCGUAGCAUCACCAGAGACAGUGGAAAGAGAAACAAAAUCAAUGCUUCUAUUACCCUUACAAGACAGGCCUUGUUGCCAAAGAUUCCUAUGAUCCAGGACAAGGAACAACAACAGUUACAGGUGAACAAUUUGGUACAAUGGCAACAGGAUGUGGUAAACGGUAUCAAUGCUCCAUUGGCCGCCCAAACCUACGAAUUACCUGAUGCGGAUAACUUAUCAAGACGAGUGUUGAUGACAAUGAGAGAACAUGGCUUGACUGGAGGAGUAAACACUCUGGUUCUUGAAAUGAUCAGUCUUGGUUUGGAGUCCCAUCUUAAGACAAUUUUGGAGAAUGCUAUAGACGUUGCGAGAUACAGAGAGCAGAAGUAUAACUCCAACGACUUCCUACUGCCCAAGGAAGACACGCCAGAGAAUGGUAGCUUGAGCAAUGGACAUGUGAGGUCAGAGUCCAUUUCAGGCAUAGGCCGGAAGAGGCCACACGAAGACAAUGAUGUUAAAAAUAAGGAGACGGUGGUGUUGAAUGUGGAAGACAUGUAUAAUACGUUGGAGAUGUUCCCUCAUUUGGUUGAGCCAAAUGGUGCUAAGGUCAGACUUUCCAAUGUUAUGUUAGAAAACGAUGACCAGGCUGCUGAUAAAAAUGCCUAUGUGUUGAAGGAACGUCCUGCGGAAGUGGAUACUGCUAUUAUUUCAAAUGGAGCAGUGAAGCCAGAAAAGGAGUCUUUCGUGGAUGCAAAGGCAUCCAGUGGCCUGCCUCAACCACAAACCCCUCUGGCUCAGAAAGCGGAUCCAAACGCUGAAUCUCAGACGGGUACUACAGAUGAACUCAAGUGGCUCGUGCAUGAUCUCAUAUCUGCCAUGUGA